AUCUCCAGAGGGUGAAACGAUUCGAACAUUGGAGUGUCGUUAACGAUCGUUUGAAAAGGUUAUAGGGCGCAUUAAUUGGAGAAGUCAGUUUUACUGGUGUGAAAAGUGACGAAAAAACACCUCAACAAAGCACUUUAGACAGUUCUAGUGCUGUGUACGUGUAAAGUGAAGGACUGUGGCGUAAAGCUCGAAAUCCCUCAGGGGGACCUAGAAAUAGAUAAGUCGGAACGCAGCUUCCAGUCACCAGCAAGCGCCAGAGCCUGAUGUGAAGCAGCCAACCUUCACCGGGGACACUACCGCGAGGACCGUUACGAUCGGGUUCAAGUUCUCGGCAAGAUAGAUCUUCACCCCCUCCCCUGGUGCUUCUGCUACCCUCGCGUGUUCGCACUGUGUGGCGCAAACCUGUCGUAGAGUAGCCGCGCGUGGUUUCGAUCGAGCCCGCGCCAGUCUUGCUAGUGCCGUCUGGUCGGAAGGAAGGUGUUGCUUCGCGCACUAUCAGCGUACGAAAAUGAAGCUCGAUUCGGAAGGGCAUGAGAGUGGUAUUGUCAAUCCUACCUUCUACCAGGAGCUGAACGAAGAACAAACGAGCUCGGAAACGGUGGCGGCACGUGAUGGCGCACUGCCGCCGAUCGCUACCGUGUCCCAUCCGAUGUACCAGCAGCACCAGCUAAACGAUGCGUAUCAAUAUCGGAAACCGAAACGGGCACUGCAUCGGGAGCUGGUGGCCAGCGUACGGCGGAUGGAUGCAAAGACGUGCUGCAGUACCGUCUUUCCGCUGACAACCUGGUUGCCGGAGUACUCGUGGAGCAAGGAUUUGGUGCGCGACUUGAUUAGUGGGUGUACGGUGGCUGUGAUGCACAUACCGCAGGGUAUCGGAUACGCGCUGUUGGCCAACGUGCCACCGAUCGUCGGCAUCUAUAUGGCGUUCUUUCCGGUGCUGGUGUAUUUUUUGUUCGGUACCUCACGCCACAAUUCGAUGGGAACGUUUGCCGUAGUUUCUAUUAUGGUCGGUAAAACCGUACUCGCUUACACCGGCACCAGCGAACCGGGAGAACCACCACGCACCGCGCUGGACGUGGCAACGGCCGUUUGCUUCGUCGUAGGCAUAAUGCAGCUCAUCAUGUGCGUCUGCCGGCUCGGCGUUAUAUCCUUCCUGCUGUCCGACACGCUCGUUUCCGGUUUUACUACCGGGGCAGCAAUUCACGUGGUGACGUCCCAGAUCAAGGACCUGCUAGGACUCACGCUACCGUCCGUGGGCAGUAUGUUCGAAAUUAUUAAGACGUACAUCGAAAUCUUCAAGCAAAUUGUGAACGUUAACUGGGCGGCAAUCAUCAUCUCGGCCAUCACCAUCAUCGUGCUGGUGUUUAACAACGAGAUCCUGAAGCCGAAGGUCGCCAAGCGCAGUGUCAUUCCGAUACCGAUCGAGCUGAUUACGGUCAUUGCCGGCACAUUGCUGUCACGGUACCUUCAUUUUCAAGAGAAGUACAGCAUCAAAACCAUCGGAACCAUCCCGACAGGAUUACCCGCCCCAACAUUGCCAGAUUUCAGCCUGAUGCCCUCGAUACUGAUCGACAGCUUCCCCGUCGCGAUGGUCGGCUACACCGUAUCCGUCUCGAUGGCCCUCAUCUUUGCCAAGAAGGAAAACUACGAGAUCGGUUUCAAUCAGGAACUGUUUGCGAUGGGCACCGGCAACGUGCUAGGUUCGUUCUUCUCCUGCUUCCCGUUCGCUGCCUCGCUGUCCCGGUCCUCCAUCCAGUACUCGGUCGGCGGACGCACCCAGAUCGCGUCCGUCAUUUCCUGCGGUUUGCUAGCGAUCGUGCUGCUGUGGGUAGGACCGUUCUUCGAACCGCUGCCACGCUGCGUACUGUCCGGCAUUAUCGUGGUAUCGCUCAAGGGAUUGCUGAUGCAGGUGACGCAGCUAAAAAGCUUCUGGCGCCAGAGCUGGAUCGACGGGAUGGUAUGGAUACUGACGUUCCUUUCCGUUGUGCUGUUUGCGAUUGAUAUCGGGCUGCUGGUGGGCAUCGUGCUAAGCGUUUGCUGCAUUUUCUUCCGCGCGCUCAAACCGUACACCUGCCUGCUUGGGAAUGUGCCCAACACGGACAUUUACUUGGAUGUGAAGCGUUACGACGGGCUGAUUCAACACGCCGGCGUAAAGAUAUUCCGCUACUGUGGAGCACUUAAUUUCGCUUCCCGCGCCGCCUUCAAAACAACGGUCUGUGAAACGCUUGGCAUCAAUCUUACCGAGGAGAUUAAACGACGGAAGGAUCCGGACUGGAAGCCUAGCGCGGAGCAGGCAUGCCGGGUACUCGUUCUUGACUUUACCUCACUCAGCUCCAUCGAUCCGUCCGCCAUCGGAACGUUUAAGGCGAUGGUGCGCGAAUUCGAAGUGCUGGACAUACGGACCGUCCUGGCCGGUUGCCAGCCGCCAGUCUUUGAGGUUAUGCAAAAGUGCGGAUUAAUCGGGGACAUCGAUAAACCGUACUGCCGGGUGCUUACCUCCGUCCAUGACGCUGUACAGUAUGCGCGGGAAUACGUGGGAAAUGGUUCGAUUGGUGGAAGCGUCGUUUCCGCAGCUACCGGCAUUGUGUAGCGUUUCGCCGGAUGGCCGAAUCCUUCGGUAUCCUUCUCUACGUGCCAUGUUGUAGAUUGCCACACGGGUAGGCAAUCGUUCGACUGUUAAGCAAGCCAUCGGUACUUAACAAUUACUGCCCGAUGUUAGUGCAAAGUAUUUUUCCAUAGCGUUAGAUUUCGGUUUUCCUCGGCAAACGCAGGUUCUGUAUACAGAGAUAGAAAAUAGGAGAUAGUGAUAAAUAGCAUCAUCUAGAUGUAGAAUGCGUUUUCUUUACCUGUUCCAUAAUAUAUAUUUUAAUGCAGUACAAGUA